AUGGAUCCUCCCGAAAGCAACAAGAAUAUGCCUGCUGCAGAAACGCAGGAAGUUGCAAAAACACAGAAAGCCUGGCCUCUACAACAUUACUGGGAGGGGGAAAUAACAACUGGCUAUACAAACUCCGAGAAACUGAGAAAGCUCCACCAAAAGCUUUUCCCGGAGUUCUACAAAGAUGAGAACAAACGCGGGGACGAUCACCAGUGGGACCCCAUUGAGAUUAAAGGUGAACGUAUGCUGUACUCGUACCAACGUCGCGAUGGGGCGGCUCGGGAUCUCAAGAAAGAAUUCCCCGAGUUUGAAUGGCCUGAGGGAGACGUGUGGGGGUCUGGCAGGCGUGAGUUUGUUCAGGAAGAACUGCUUCGGACAGUCCUUAAAGAGAUGAGAAAAGCGCACCGGUCAUACAAAGACGAAGCAGCAGAUGCAGUAUCGAAAGCGAAGGAAGAUAGUGACGGAAAGGGAGAGGAGAUGGAGAAGCUGAAGGGUGACGCUUAG